UCUCGCAUUCACCCUACAUUGGCGCGGUAGUCUAAACUAAGCAUAAUGUCUGGGCUCUGCACUAUCACCGCAACAAGUAUUGAGCUGCCAUACUAAUUCCUAUCUUAAGGUAUUGGCGCGCCACUACAUUCGAGACAUCAGCAGCAUUGGUGCGCGUAUUUCGUCCAAUUAAUCACAAGCAGGCGUUUCGUGUUUCUCAUUUGUGGAACAGAAAUCUCGUGGCAGAUCACCAGUCAAAGCAUCGGCUAAAUGCCGUAUGGAAGUUCCCCCGGAUCUGCAGAUGUAACAUUAAACUUGGCGCUCCAAUGAAUGUGAGAGCUCAGGCCUAAUUAAACAGGUGAUAUGGGGUAGGGAGUUUUCUGUGUCCGAGUUCUAUGGAGAUCGAUGUAAUGGAUAUAUAAACAGCUGCUGAACCGGCGUAACAUCCGCUUCAUCAAGCCAGCCGAUCAACGAAAACCAGCUUCAUUAUGGUCGUGGUCAAAGCCUCUGCCCUUUUUGUGGGUCUUGUGUCCCUAAUUCUUCCUGUCAACGGCCAAGCUGUCAACGACGUGGCGGAUGCAUUCGAUUUGACUCAAGUCUCCCUCACUGAUAGUCGAUGGAUGGACAAUCAGAACCGAACAUUGAACUAUCUUCUAUCGGUUGACCCCGAUCGUCUCCUCUACGUGUUCCGCAAGAACCACGGCGUCGAUACAAAAGGUGCACAGACAAACGGCGGCUGGGAUGCACCCGACUUCCCCUUUCGAAGCCACGUCCAAGGUCAUUUUCUUUCAGCCUGGACACAGUGCUACGCUUCCGCCGGAGUCAAAGAAUGCGGCUCUCGAGCUACAUACUUUGUCCAGGAGCUCGCGAAAUGCCAAGCCAACAACGCAAAGGCAGGCUUCAACAAGGGAUAUCUCUCUGGCUUUCCAGAGUCGGAUAUCACCAAGGUUGAGGACAGGACUCUGAACAACGGCAAUGUUCCCUACUACGCUAUCCACAAGACCCUUGCUGGACUUCUGGACGUUUAUCGCCGUCUGGGUGACCAGACUGCUAAAGACACUAUGCUCUCGCUUGCUAGUUGGGUUGACACGCGCACCUCGAAGCUGAGCUACAACCAGAUGCAGAGCAUGCUGCAGACUGAGUUUGGUGGAAUGAACGAAGUCCUCGCCGAUAUCGCGUUCUACACCAAGGACGCAAAGUGGCUCAAGGUUGCUCAGCGCUUUGACCAUGCUGUCAUCUUCGACCCUCUGCAACAGAACGUUGACAAACUUUCUGGCCUGCACGCCAACACCCAACUUCCCAAGUGGAUCGGUGCUCUGCGCGAGUACAAGGUCGGUGGUGAUAAGAAGUACCUCGACAUUGGCCGCAACGCAUGGAACAUGGUCGUCAACAAGCACACCUACGCCAUUGGUGGAAACAGUCAGGCCGAGCACUUCCGAGCUCCCGAUGCUAUUUCUGGGUUCCUCACAGACGAUACUUGCGAGGCCUGUAACAGCUACAACAUGCUGAAACUCACUCGUGAGCUUUGGGCCUUGAACCCAACUGACGCUUCAUACUUUGACUUCUAUGAGAAGGCCCUGUUGAACCACCUGCUUGGUCAGCAAGACCCCAGCAGUGAUCAUGGACAUGUUACGUACUUCACACCUCUCAAGGCAGGUGGCCGUCGCGGAGUUGGUCCUGCUUGGGGUGGCGGUACCUGGAGUACUGACUACAACUCUUUCUGGUGCUGUCAAGGUACAGGAGUCGAGACCAACACCAAACUCAUGGACUCGAUCUACUUUCACACUUCUGAUACUCUCUACGUCAACCUCUUCACUCCUUCGAAGCUCAAUUGGUCUCAGAAGAAGGUUUCUGUCACUCAGACAACUGACUUCCCUGAAAGCGAUACAUCAACAUUCAAGAUCUCUGGUGAUACUAGUGAAUGGACUCUUGCAGUCCGCAUCCCAUCUUGGACCUCUAGAGCCUCCAUCAAGGUCAACGGCCAAGCUGCGAAUGUGGCCAUCCAGCCCGGCAAGUACGCUCUGAUCAAGAGACAGUGGAAGUCUGGAGAUACUGUCACAGUCCAACUCCCCAUGAGCCUGCACACUGUUGCCGCCAACGACGAUCAGACCUUGGGUGCAAUUGCUUUUGGUCCAGUCAUUCUGGCUGGUAACUAUGGACAGUCUACUCUGAACGGCAACCCUACGAUUGACCUGGCAAGUAUCAAGCGAAAGGGUAACACUGAUCUGACAUUUGGAGCUACUUCUGGUGGAAAGGCUGUCGAGUUGGGUCCUUUUUAUGAUGCUCAGGGAUUCAACUAUGCUGUUUACUGGAAGCUUAGUGGCAAGCUUUCAGGUUGAUUGGUUCUAUACUAGGCUUAGGGGACAUUGAAACUUCGUGGUACUUAUAAAUCGAGGGAGCGAGGCGCAUGAGGAAGUAGCUUGGAUCUUUUCUUUAGAUUGUAGCUCGAAUAUAUAAAGGAAACUUAUCAUCGCA